AUGGCUGCCGGUUUCGCGACAGCGCCGUCUGUCGUCUCACCACCGACCUUUCAGCAACACUACCAGGCAGCGGCCCAGUAUCCGACACCUCUCAACUCAGGUCCAGCAUCGCCUGCAGACCUCUCUCCGACUUCUCCACGCACCAUCCCUCCUCCUUCACACCUCCCUAUACACACGCGACAGCUGCGGCCGCCGAAGUCGCCUCUUUAUGUCCCGGCUGUCCUCAGACCAACAGAGAAGCCGGUCCGCUCGUCGCCACCGAAGACCGGGUCGUCGAGUGGGUUGGCUAGCCCAGGCGGUCUCAGUCGGAGGGACACUGGUUGGAGCUUCGACGCGGAUGUCUCGAGGAUCAGGACCGAGGAGUGGAACAGAGAGUCGUGGGGUCCGAUCGAGGGCCCUCCGACGAGAAACCACUGGCAGUCCGACGCCUCCGCUCCCGUCUGCACCGCACCCGUCUGCCAAAAACCCUUCUCCUUCCUCGACCGACGACACCACUGCCGGCGCUGCGGCUUCAUAUUCUGCAGCCAGCACAGCUCUCACAGCGUCCAGCUGAACCAGCACGCGCUCUUUCACCCCGACGCGUCUUUCUACCGCGCCUGCGACGCAUGCUUCGGCCUCUACAAGCACUGGGACACCACACGGGCCAGCCGCACCAACAGCGAGAGUUCGCAGGGCGGCGAUGCUGCGGGCGUCGCGGGGGCGACCAAGAACAAGAGCGUGGUGGGACUGUUGGAUGUGCCCGGCCAGGGCCAGGGACAGGGUCUGGGGCAGAGAGUCACUAGCUACGUCGGCAGUGUGCCCAAAGACUGGAACUGGAGCACUUUUUGA